AUGGCUCUGUCCCACCCUCAUCUUGUCAGGGCCUGUCAGGCUCUGGAUGCCACAGAGGAGCAUGCCUCCAGCCCCACAGCCUGGGCUGAGGAGGCGCAAACGUGGCUGGCUGUAGAUCAGGAGCACGCAGACGAGUCUGCCAAGCUGGCGGAAGGCAUGCAUGCGUCCCUGGAAGAAAGCCAGAAGGAGACGGCGCCAAGCUGCUUCGAGCAGACCCCUGCCCAGCUGCUGGAGGCGAGAGGAUUUACCUUUGAGGGCUCGCCACUCAUCCAGCAGCUGCAACACUGCGAGGCGGGGCUUGGACACCCGCUGGCGUGCGACCCCUGGCCCCGGCCCCUGGUCGGCUACCUGGUCCUGGAGCGGCGCUGCAUGCGCUGGUACGCCGCCGCCCGCGCCUUCUACAGGGCCCAGGCCGAGGAGGCCUGCGCCGCGCUCCAGGGCUCCCCCGCCGGCCUCCAGGGCUCCACCGCCGGCGUGGGGCCCCAGCGAUGGGACGCAUUCCUGGCCUCGCUGGCAGAGCGGCAGGCGGAGGUGGAGCGUGCGGUGUACGCGAUGCCGGCGAACGGCGACCUGCAUGCCGCCACCGACAUUCCCGCCCUCUUCCAAGGGUAUGCCGCAGACACGGAGGUGGACGUCAUCGACCUGUGCGACUGA